CACACCAUCUCUAAGCCAAAUAAUCUGUGUUUAGCUCUUGCAAAAACAAAAAAAAAAAAAUUUAAUUUGUGUCUGAAAAUGCAAAGCUAUUGCAUAUUCUAAAAGUGCUUGCCUCUCAAUCAACAACAUCAACGCAAAGUGGUGUGGGUUAAUGUGUAGUGAGUGAGUUAGUGUGUGUGUGCGUGCAAUGAUGCCCUAUAAUGCGCGUGUCGGUGGCGGCAGCAAUGCCAUGGCACGUGAAUACGCCGGAGGAAGUAUCAAUGGCAUUUUGCGCAAAACCGGAUCCGCUGCAAUGGCAGCUGGAGCCAACAAUGGUGCCAACGGGGCGUCUACGGCGUAUGGUGGGGCGGCUACUGCUGCUGGUGCCGCUGGCGCAGAUGCACGCCAACCCGCUGUGGAGCUGCUCGUGUUUGGCUAUGCCUGCAAAAUAUUCCGUGAUGAUGAGAAAGCUCGCGAGAUGGAUCAAGGCAAACAGCUGAUACCCUGGAUGGGCGAUGUAAAUCUCAAAAUAGACAGAUAUGACGUACGUGGCGCAUUAUGCGAACUGUCAUCAUAUGAGGCGCCACCUGGUGGCUAUGGAAAUCGCCUGGAAUACCUGACGGCCGACGAGCAACGGGCCGAGCAGCUGUGCGAAGAGGAGCGUUAUCUGUUCCUCUACAACAACGAAGAAGAGCUACGGCUGCAGCAAGAGGAGGAUCUAAAGCGAUUGCAGCAGGAAACCUCUGGCGGUAAUUACAGUCAAGUGGAUUUCCAUUACGAUGGACAGUCAACUUCAGCAAAGUCGACUGCUGCAGCAGAUGGAGUAGCGUCACCAAUGCCGGAUUCAACGACACCAACCGAUGAAUCCGAAUUGCCUUUUACGUUGCCCAACAAUUUGCUCGUGGCUCCCAUGCCGGGCAUACAGCUGCCGGAAACGAUGAAGCAGCAUGCCAUCAUUGAGAAGACAGCGCGCUUUAUUGCCACUCAGGGUGCUCAAAUGGAGAUCCUGAUCAAGGCCAAGCAAGCGAAUAAUGCUCAGUUUGAUUUUCUGUCGCAAGGCGGCCAAUUGCAGCCAUAUUAUCGCCAUCUCUUGGCCGUAAUCAAGCAGGGCAAGUAUGCGCCAUCUGUGGAUACAGCUGCCGAGAAGACGAGUACAAGUGCCGAUGGCAGCGCGUUGCCGCCGAGUCCCAAGCGAAACAAUCAAGUGAUUACAGUGCCCAUCAUCAAGUACAAACCGUCGGCCAAUUGCGCCUAUACGCAGCUCAUCAGCAAGAUUAAGGGUGUGCCGCUGCAGGCGGUGUUGGACGACGAUGUGACUUCGCAGCAUUCCGGCGGCACUGCGUCGCCUACGCUCAGCUGCAAAUCGGAGGGCCAGAGUCAGAGCAGUGUGGCAGCCACAUCGAAUGGCGAAUUUACCCCCGUUCUGCUGCAGUACAAUGGCAGCACAUUUGCCCACGAGGAGGAAAACGCCAAUGAUGCGCCGCCGAAGGUUGAGCUAUUGAAGAACACCAGCGCUCUGGCGUUGGCACAAAACUACAGCUCCGAUAGCGACGAGGAGGAUGACGAGGAUGACAAUAGUAACAGUCAGGGGCAAAAGGGGAAACAAUCGCAGUCUACAAGUGGCGGCAUCAGUUCACUGCCCACUGCGGUCGUGGCACCACCGCCACUGUUAAACUUCCCGCUGCCCGAGGAGACGUUGCGCCACAUCAUCGACAAGACGGCAACGUAUGUGAUUAAGAAUGGCCGCCAGUUCGAGGAGACGCUGCGCACAAAGAGUGUCGAACGUUUCAAUUUUCUCCUGCCCGAACACAAGUUUUAUGCCUAUUAUAUGUACAAGAUAACCGGAGAUGUGGAUGCCGCAUCCAAGGAGGAGAAAACACGUAAGGCAGCUGCCGUUGCUGCGGCGCUGAUUAGCAAGAAAGGCUUAGGUGGAACUGCACUUGGAGCAACAACAGCUGCUGCUGCAGCCACCACAACAGUUGCCACUUCGAGUGAAAAGUCACCUGUGUGCUUCUCGAUCAAGUCUCGUGAUGAGACGGCAACUUUGCAACCUGCACUGCCGCAAGAGACCAGCGACGAUGAUGCUGACGAUGUUAAGAUGAAGGCAAAUACGGAACAGACGCGACCCGGUAUGCCAGACAGCGUGCAGCGAGCCAUCAAGCAAGUGGAGACACAACUGUUGGCGAGAAGUGGAGGACAGAAGACAACAACGGUUGCCGGGACAACAACGGGAGCGGGCGUAACAUUGCCAUUGAAAGAACAACGACAGGCUGAGGAGCGUGUCAAGGACAAAUUGGCGCUGAUUGCACGCGACAAGCUGAACGGCAUGGUCUCGCGAGAGAAGCAGCUGCAAUUGGAGCGCAAGCGCAAGGCAAUGGCUUUUCUCAAUCAGAUCAAAGGUGAAAGCACAGGCGCUGUGGGAACAGUUGGCAGUGAGGCAACAGCACAGGAAGCAACAAAUGAGAAAUCCGAAGCAGUGCCAGCAAAUAACAAUGAGGACUCUAAUGACUCUGUACGUUCCAUACCCAUCACAUACUUUGGUCCCGACGACGAUGACGAUGAGGUUUUAGCACCGUCUGCGGUUGCGCAACCAGCGCUGAAAGUUGACAACGAGGAUGAGGAGGAGGAUGAUGGUGAUCUGGAGAAAUAUAAUUUACUUAACGACGAUAGCACCAAUACGUACACCAGCAAAACGGCCACAGCAUCCGUCCUGCUGUCCGAUGAUGAUGACGUGCAGCUUGUGUCCACAGCGGCGCCACUGCCAUCAUCAUCGUCCACGUCGAGUACACGCCACCGUCAUGCUGUGCGCCGCAGUCGCAGUCCGAGUCGCAGCAGCAGCAGCGCCAGUUGUUCCGGCACCCAAGAUGCUUCCGUGACCUCAUCCAGCAGCAGUCGGAGUCGGAGCCGCAGUCCGCAUCGUAAGCGAGACCGAGAGCGAGAACGGUCCAGACACAAACGCAAAGCCAGCGCUAUUGCCAAGCAUCGUCGCCAUCGACGUAGUCGGAGUCGAAGUCGCAGUCGCACCUCAUCGCCUCAUCGUCGUACCCAGAGUCGGAGUCGCAGCAGCAGUCAUUCGAGCGCGCGACGUCAUCGUGGACAUCACAGAGACGAGGAGGAAUCUUCGUCGCGGCGACGUAAUCAUCAGCGACAUGCCAGCAAAAAGAGUCACAAACGUCACAAGAGACGGCGACGCAGCAGCGGCGGUUCCGUCUCCCAAUGAUGCAACACGCGCAUUGACUUAAGGAUUUUAGUUGUUAAUUUCAAAGACGAAAAAUGUACAUUUCCCAUUUAUCCUGUGCGUGUUCUCAUCAGCGUCUUCUAUUUAAAUGUUGAGCAAUCUUUUUGAAUGCUGAUUUUGAUUUUUUUUUUGGCAGAAUACAAUAAAGGUUUAUA